AGAGCUAACUGAGUGUAUUGUGUUGUGUUCUUCUCGUCUCUCCUUCGACCUCGCUCCUUUAUCAUGAUGCUGCGUCGUUUUGCAUCCGCCACGUUACCGCUGGCUCUCAACGCCUCCGCGCAACGCUGCGGGGUGGCUCGCCUGCCGCGGGGCGGUCUCGGCCAACCAAGCUCCUUCUCUCUCCCGACUCGCACGUCCACGCGUGGGUGCAGCAGCAGCAGCAGCAGCAGCGGACCGUCGACGUCCUCGUUCACCGGCCUCAAUGCGCAGCGACCCGGUCAACGCGAGCCCUCCAUUAACUGCGUCACGCUCGUCGGUGUGGUGCACGACAUCCAAACCGGCUACGUCUUUGAGGAUGCCGUCACGCAGUUCACGCUCACGACGACGAGCCUCGACACGACCAACCCCACCCAAGAGUGUGUGGUGGAGAAGGACCAUCACACCGUGCGCUGCUUCGGCGACGUCUUCUCGCAGGAGGUGCGAAAUAAGCUGAACGAGGGCAACGUGGUCUGCGUGAAUGGUCGGCUGCGGUUGAACCCGCAGCUGGAGCCGUCGUGCAACAAAUACUACUACUUCCCUUAUAUUCAGGUGCAGCCCCCGCAUGGACAAGUCAGCAUCGUGUACGGCGAUCGGCGUGACCCGCCCGCACCGGUGAGCGCGGCGACGGGUACGGUGGACAACAGCAGCUCCACCGAUGACGCGAGCAGCGGCGGCUCGGAAGGCAAGAGCGGCUAG